UUCAUGAGACGAGUGUCAUUGGCCGUUUAUACAAAUUCAUAUCAAGCCUACUCAUACCGAUCUUGUAGCUUAGGCGAGUCGGUUGUUGCCGCUCGUCUCUCCGCGCGUGUUGUGGUUUAUGUGUUGUGGGUGCUGUGCAAACCCAUCGCUGAUUCUACGCAGAUUCGGGCAAAGCCCGGCCGCAUUGCGGCCUAUUCGACUCUUUUGUCUCAGUGAUUUUCUUAUUUGAAGUUUAUAAGUGAAUCAAGUGAAUAGUGAAGUGUCGUGCUAGUGAUAUGGCUACUACGAUUUUCACCGCCCUCGUGGCGCUGGCCGCUUUAGGGUCAGUGCUAUGCGAGGAUGAAACCAUAGGCCCGAUAUUUAUGAAGGAACCCCCGAAUCGAGUAGACUUCAGCAAUACGACCGGUGCGACUGUUGAAUGUGCUGCCCGUGGUUCUCCGACCCCCGACAUCAUCUGGGUGCGAGCUGAUGGUACUACCGUAGGAGAUGUCCCUGGAUUGCGUCAGGUCUUGCCAAAUGGAAACUUGUUGUUCCCGCCAUUCCGUGCCAAAGAUUACCGCCAGGAAGUACACGCUCAGGUCUAUGCUUGUCUCGCACGCAACCCUGUAGGAACUAUACUGUCGCGUGAUGUCAAUGUCCGAGCGGUGGUACAACAGAAUUAUGAGCCACGUGUAACUGACGAAGACAUUUUACGUGGAAAUUCCGCGAUUAUCAAAUGUAUAAUACCGUCGUUUGUUGCCGACUAUAUUCAAAUACUCGAAUGGGUACAGAGCGAAGAAUCUAUUUCUGUUCCGAAUACAAAUUCUUUCUCAUUCAACAGCUCUGACGGAAAUUACGACGGAAAAUAUUUGGUACUCCCAUCUGGAGAGUUACACAUUCGUGAUGUCGGACCUGAAGACGGAUAUAAAUCUUACCAAUGUCGGACAAAGCAUAGACUGACUGGAGAAACUAGAUUGUCAGCUACUAAGGGGCGACUUGUCAUUACUGAACCUAUAGGCUCGAAAGCACCAUCCUUUUCGAUGGAAUUUAAAAGUACGACUCUGACAAAAUUUGUGAAUCAAGGAGUGGUUCUCUUAUGCCAAGCUCAAGCUCAUCCAACACCACUUUUCAAAUGGUACAAAUUCAUUGAUGGCACAACACGCAAACAACCCGUCACACUUGACGAUAGAGUGAAGCAAGUAUCUGGAACUCUGAUUAUCAAAGAGGCAAAAGUUGAAGACUCUGGCAAAUACUUGUGUGUCGUCAAUAAUUCCGUCGGAGGCGAAUCCGUUGAAACCGUUUUAACCGUCACCGCUCCAUUGAAAGCAACCGUAGAGCCCGCCACUCAAACGGUAGACUUCGGGAGACCCGCUGUCUUUACUUGCAGAUAUGAAGGAAACCCCGUCAAAACUAUUACAUGGCUGAAAGACGGUAAAGAUAUGAAACACCAUGACGCAAGCUUAAGAAUUGAAUCUGUGAAGAAAGAAGACAAGGGAAUGUAUCAGUGUUCCAUUAGGAACGACCAAGAAAGCGCAAGUGCAAGUGCUGAGCUGAAACUCGGAGGACGAUUUGAACCGCCUCAAAUCAGGCAUAGCUUUGGCGAGCAGACUUUCCGCUCCGGUCCGUCUCUUCGGCUGAAAUGUGUAGCGUCCGGGAACCCGACCCCCGACAUCGCCUGGCUCUUGGACGGUGAGAAGCUGUCCAGUGGCGAACGACUUCAGAUCGGACAAUUCGUUACGGCCGACGGCAACGUCGAGUCGCACCUCAACAUUUCUUCCGUGCAGACCAACGAUGGCGGCCUCUACACCUGCUUCGCUUCGAGCAAGGUCGGCAGCACAUCCCAUUCGGCUCGUGUCAACAUCUACGGUCUACCCUUCGUUCGUCCGAUGAAGAAGCGUCCCGUCGUCGCCGGAGACACUCUGAUCGUGCACUGUCCAGUCGCCGGCUACCCUAUCGACUCCAUUGUUUGGGAACGUGAUGGAAGAGUCCUCCCGAUCAACCGAAAACAGAAAGUAUUCCCCAACGGCACCCUUGUUAUCGAGAACGUUGAGCGCAUGAGCGACGAAGCCACAUACACCUGCGUCGCGAAGAACUCGCAGGGAUACACGGCUAGAGAAACCCUAGAACUUCAAGUCAUGGUACCUCCCCAAAUCCUACCGUUUGAAUUUGGCGAGGAACCGGCCAACGCUGGAGAUACGGCUACCUUGACUUGCAGCGUCAGCAAGGGCGAUCAACCAGUGAACAUUUCAUGGAUAUUUAAUGGCCAAGAACUUACAAAGUUCAAUAAUCUGGGAGUCGUUUUAAGUUCGAUUAAUAAAAAGACAGCGAUAAUGAGUAUAGAUUCAGUAAGUGGCGUACACAGGGGCACAUAUAUCUGUGUGGCAACAAAUCGAGCAGGCUCCGCUAAUCACAGUGCUGUGCUUGAAGUCAACGUUCCACCACGUUGGAUUCUUGAGCCAACUGAUAAAGCUUUUGCCCAAGGCUCUGAUGCUAAAGUUGAAUGUAAAGCCGACGGCUUCCCCAAGCCUCAAGUUACUUGGAAAAGGGCUGAAGGGGAUACGCCUGGCGAUUACAAAGACCUUAAGCCUAACAACCCAAAUGUUAAAGUUGAGGACGGCACAUUGACUAUUUCAAAUAUUCAGAAAACAAAUGAGGGCUAUUAUCUUUGCGAAGCCGUUAACGGGAUUGGAUCCGGAUUGUCUGCGUUGAUUCUUAUUAGCGUACAGGCACCACCCCAAUUCGAGAUUAAAAUGAGGAAUCAGACUGCUCGCAAAAGUGAACCUGCUGUACUUCAGUGCCAAGCUAAAGGAGAGAAGCCUAUCGGAAUCAUCUGGAACAUGAACAACAAACGUCUCGAACCCAAAUCCGACCCAAGAUAUACCAUCCGCGAAGAGAUUCUCCUCGGGGGAGUUGUAUCUGACCUGAGCAUUAGAAGAACUGAACGAUCGGACAGUGCGCUGUUUACUUGCGUGGCAACUAACGCUUUCGGUUCGGACGAUACCAGCAUCAACAUGAUCAUCCAGGAGGUUCCCGAAGCUCCAUAUGGUCUAAAAGUCUUGGACAAAUCUGGUAGAACAGUACAACUGUCUUGGGCAGCUCCUUAUGACGGCAACUCGCCCAUAAAGAAGUUCCUUAUUGAAUACAAACGCGCUAAGGGUAACUGGGAAAAGGAUAUUGACAGAGUUCUUGUACCAGGGGACGCUACUGAAGCCGGCGUAUUUAGUUUGAGACCCGCCACCGCCUACCACAUUAGGAUCGUCGCCGAAAACGAACUCGGAACUUCAGAGCCUUCAGAAACUGUUACAAUCAUCACGGCCGAGGAGGCACCCACCGGGCCCCCACAAGACGUUAAGGUUGACGCGGCGGACAAGCACACACUUCGCGUUACCUGGAAACCUCCCGCGCCCCAAGACUGGAAUGGUGAACUGCAGGGGUACUACGUUGGAUACAAAUUGGCUUCCAGCAACAAAUCGUUCGUUUUCGAAACCGUCGACAUUUCCAAAGAAUCUGGCAAGGAACACCAUUUGGACAUUCAAAAUCUGAAGACCUACACCCAGUACACUGUCGUAGUCCAAGCCUUCAAUAAGAUGGGAUCGGGCCCGGUGUCCGCUGAAGUUCGCGCCUAUACCGCCGAAGGUGCCCCGUCUGCUCCCCCUCAAGACGUUUUAUGCACCACCCUCACGGCACAAACCAUCCGCGUCUCCUGGGUGUCGCCCCCACUGGCUGCUGCCAAUGGUCUGAUCAAGGCGUACAAAGUGAUUUACGGACCCAGCGAAACUUGGUACGAUGAAAAAACUAAAGACACCAAAAACACGGCCAGUAGCGAAACUAUUCUCCACGGACUCAAGAAAUUCACUAACUACUCUAUGGAAGUGCUUGCGACCACUAACGGCGGAGACGGAGUGCGAUCUGUACCCAUCCACUGUCAGACUGAACAAGACGUACCCGAGGCCCCGCGUGCCGUCAAAGCUCUUGUAAUGGGACAGGAUUCUAUCCUUGUUUCUUGGAGAGCCCCCGCGCAACCUAACGGAGUUGUCACCCACUACAACGUGUACACGCAAGCACAGAACGCAGAACCUCAUCCUAAUAAGGUACCAGCCAGUCAAACUAGUUACUCCGCAACUGAACUGAAGCCCGGCCGAUACGACUUCUGGGUAACCGCUUCAACUAUCAUCGGCGAAGGACAACCCUCAGCAACCGCCUCUUGCAGCCCCAGCGACAAAGUACCCGCUAAGAUCGCUUCGUUUGACGAAUCAUUCACCGCGACCUACAAAGAGGAUGUGAAGUUGCCUUGUCUUGCUGUCGGUGUGCCGUCCCCUAAUAUUAUCUGGAAGGUCAAAGGUCAACUCUUGGACGCGUCGGAGCGUGUCCGCCAGCUGCCGGAAGGUUCGCUUCAGAUCGCCGGGGUGGCUCGCGAGGACGCCGGGGAGUAUUCCUGCCACGUCGACAACCAGUUCGGCACCGAUACCGUCACCCACACUCUGUCUGUACUCGCUCCCCCGUUCCCGCCGCAGCUGAGCAUCGCGUCGUCGUCCGUGUCGUCCCUGACGCUGCGCCUGAAGCCGUCCGCCGACGUGGACCAGUCCCCCGCCGCCGGCUACACUAUCCACUACAAACAGGAGUUCGGAGACUGGGAAACUGUUCAGAUCCCGAGCAGCACCGAUACGUACACUCUUGAGAAUUUAUUCUGCGGAUCACGAUAUCAGCUUUACGUCACAGCUUACAAUGGUAUCGGAACUGGCGAGGCUUCGGACGUGGUGAUCGCCCGCACGCGCGGCUCCAAGCCCCCCGUGCCCCGCGCCGCCGACUUCAUCGAGGUGGCCUCCUCCUCCGUCACCCUGCACCUCAAGCAGUGGCUCGACGGCGGCUGCCCCAUGAGCCACUUCGUCGUCGAGAACAAGAAGAAAGGCGCCGCCGAAUGGAACCAGAUUUCGAACGCCGUGAAGCCAGGAGGAAACUUUGUCGUACUCGACCUGGAACCGGCCACUUGGUACGUGCUUAGGAUCACGGCUCACAACAACGCUGGCUUCAAUGUGGCUGAAUACGAAUUCGCGACUCUAACGAUGACUGGCGGCACCAUCGCUCCGCUGCCGGGCAAUGCUGACGGCGACAAGGAACUCCCGCCCUGGGUGCGGGCGUGGCUGGAGCCUGAAGUCCUGGUGCCGAUCUUGGCCACCAUCGUCGUGUUCGUCGUGGGAGUCGUGGUCAUCUGUCUCACUCUGGCUCGCAGGAACACUCCCCACCGUCUGCGAGGUCAGAAGGAUGCGUAUUAUGACGCGGUGUACAACGCGUCGCAGGCGGCGCUGGGCGGCGGCGCGGGCGGCACGCUGGACAAGCGCGGCGGGCUGCGCGACGAGCUGGGCUACAUCGCGCCCCCCAACCGCAAGCUGCCCCCCGUGCCCGGCUCCAACUACAACACGUGCGACCGCGUCAAGCGACAGGCCGUCAUCAUGGGCGCUCACUCGACCUGGGACCCGCGUCGUCACCAUUACGAGCGCGUGCGACGUGCCCACCUACGCAGGGCUGGCUCCGGCGACACCAUCUCCACAGGCAUGGAAGAUGAAAUCUGCCCAUACGCCACGUUCCACCUGCUAGGUUUCCGCGAGGAAAUGGACCCGAGCAAGGCAUUGGCGUUCCCCCAUCACCACCCCGCUCACGCCGGCACUCUCGCUCACCCUCACCCUCACCAUCCCGCGCACUCACGAGCUGGAUCCCAGAGCAUGCCACGCGCCAACAGCCGUUACGCCCGCAAGAACUCGCAAGGGGGACAGAGCGCCAUCUACUCCACCGCUCCCGAAUAUGACGACCCGGCCACCUGCGCUGAAGAGGACCAAUACCGAGCCCGCUACUCGCGUCCGAUGUACGCGUGCGGCCCGGAAUACGACGAGCCCGCCUGUUGCGCCCCCGAGGAUGAGCAGUACACCGGCGCAUACGGCACGCCCUACUCUGACCACUACGGCUCCCGUCCCAGCAUUGUGAACCCCGCAGGCACCCGCAAGUGUGGCUCCCCCGAGCCCCCGCCGCCGCCGCCCCGCAACACCAACAACGACAACAACUGCUCCUCCUCCUUCAACGAGAGCAAGGACUCCAACGAGAUCUCCGAAGCAGAGUGCGACCAGCCACGAAACUAUCCGGUCAGGGCCCACACUGCCAAGGACGGUUUGCACAGCGAGGAAAUGAGGAAACUCAUUGACAGGUCAGUUCCAAAAGGCCUCUUAAGAGCACUUUACACCCAAUUAUCGACACUCCAAAUAAUCCCAAAAUCACAAUACGCACAGUGUUGUAAGAUUUAAAAAAAAAACAAUUACUAUCACUUAUCGGUUCUAUAACCUAAAAUUAAAGAAAUGCAUUUUUACAAAAAAAAAUACGUAAUACUAUUGGGUGAAUUGCUACACAAAUGCCAAACCUUUAACUACCUACUACAUUCAGACUAUAAUUAUAUAAUACCUAAACAUUAAAUCCAAUGUUAUGGUUUCGUAGCAAACUUAAGUAUAGUGAGUAGUUCACACACAGCCUCUGCGGAUGCCGACUCCUUGUGUGUGCGCUAGCAAGAAUAUAUCAUAGAUCAAUUGAAAUGCAUUUUGUAAACUAGUCGAAGCUCGUAAUAAAGCAUGUGUUAUGUUCUGCAUCCGUCGUCUACAGGAAACAGUAAGUCAAUGUAUGUUGAAACGAAACGUUUUUUUUAUAUUUAUCCCUUUGCCUGGAUUUUAUGUUUAAUAUCUAACUUUUGUGGCUAACCCUCAUGAUCUGUUUUGUUUUAUUUCUCUGGAUAAAGGAUACAACUUUUCUUUUUGCUGUCUGUACCGUUUUUCUACUGUGUUGCCCCGCAACUUGAAGGCAUGGCAAGUUUUAUUUACAAAACCUAUGUUUGUCUGCGCACUGAGCUUUUAUUGUUAUAAUUAAAUAAUAUAUUCACAAAUAUAUAUAAUAUUAAUUUGACAUCCCUAGUGACCCUAUUUCGACCUAUAAACAACGUUUGAACUAGUAGCUUCUACAUUGUAGCAUCAAAUUUAAGCAAAGUUUGUUGCAAUCAUUUGUUUGCGUUCUUUACCAAAAUUACCUAACCCAUUUAAUUUGCCGUUUAUAACCAGUUUAUAAAUAAAAGCCUGUUUAAGUUUUUUUAAAAAUCACUAAAUAUACUUAGAUUGUAGAAGUGGCAAUUAGGUUUGAUGUAUUUAAAGUAAAAUAAUGUGUUAACGUGAUUAUUACAAAAAUUACAGACCAGAAGCAGCCACCCCAAUCCCCCAGCAAGCAGUCCACGGGCGGGGGGGACUCACAGCCUACGAUACUGUGGCAGUGUAAUUUGUAAACCGUCACAGUUCCCAUGCGACGCGACACACGUUCUACUCUCAUUUUUUACAUGAUUGGUCCAUUACCUUCUUGCUGAUACUAGUCGAUAUUAUCAUAUAGCUUUCACCUCAUAUAACCUGCUUUUUCUAGAAAGUAUGCUUUGCUAUAGAAGACUUUCAUGCUAUCAGCAAGAUGGUAAUCGUAGUGCCAAAUCUACCUUUCGUGUGUCGCACUGGUUUAUGUUUGUCAUUGAUUAUCCCAACUUAGUUGGCUGGAACUGUAUUUCUUAGUUGUAAUAAUUUCGACGCGCACACUUGUGCCAAUUACAUAUUGUUAGUUUAAUUAGUUGACCUAAAUAAACAUUGCCCAGGCUGAGGUAUGUACAAAUUAGCACCUUCCCUCUGUAGACAUCAACACGUCACCAAUUUAGGGUUACCAUAUGCAUCUGAAAAUCAUGGUUGUGGUAGUUAUUUCAAAUUUUAUAUUUGCAUAAAUAUGUAAUUAGGUGGCGUGUUUUUUUACCCAACCCAAUAGGCUCACACAUCCUACGAACCUGGCUGAGGCAUAUUUAUUAUAGGAUCACUGUGUUGAGUUAACCUGAUUAAUUUGUCUUAUUUGUUUAGCUUAAUUUUAAUACAGAUUGUCAGACUACAAAAGACGGAUUUCGGAGUAAAAUUUUUUUUCUCGGAAUUAUACUGAUUUCAAUUAAGCUCAACAUUUAGGUGUUUAUGUGAUAUUUUAAUUUUCCCUUUUUAUUUGCUAGGUACAUACAUACUAACGCGAUCAUUAUUUAAAUUAAUAUUAUGUACCACAACUUACAGGUUGUUACAAUGCUUCCUCUUUAAUGUUAUAUUUCUUGGCGCUUUUUACCAUUUACGUUAUUGCCAACAUGUGUCAUUUAUUAGUUAUAUUGUUUUCACUCGCAUUUAUGCAUAUACUAUUUAGAUUAAGAUUAGCUAUAAUUUGAUACUAUUAAUCAACUUUUUUGUCAAAGAAAUAUGUAAUCUGUAGCUAGUUAGUCAUUAAUGUUACUCAAUAUGAUCAUAAUAUGAAAUUAAUCAAUUUUUAGGAUAGUAAUCGUAACUGUCACAACAAAUAAACGUACUCACAAUUAUGCAAUAUGUAUAUGGACUAUAGGACCGGUCCUUAUGACACAGAAUACAUGGAACACAAAAAUAAAAUUACUGCUGCUACACGGAAUUUUAAAUACUUUUUCAUAUUAUUAUUCUAGCGGUAAGAUGUAUUUUAUGGAUUAUAAUCGUAACUUUCUUCUUCUAUUAUAAGUCUAGUUGAAAGACAUUCGUCUAUUUCUAGAUGUUUCUCGUAAAUGUUACGCAAUGUCGUCGAGCAUCGCAACGUAGGCUUGUAGUUAGGCUCUCGCUACUUCCUAGUAAACGAUAUCUUCUCUUAAACUUCCAAUUGAACCUUUCGGAAUAAGAUUUACGAAAUUUUAAUGUGAAUUAAAUUGAAAUAUUCGAAUCUGAUGUUUUAAUUAAAUAAUAUUUAUAAAAUUAACCUAUAGGUAUUGAUAACGCGCUGGAAAUGUGUUUGGAAUUAGGUUUUCACUAAAUAAUGUGAGUUUUGCCCGCUUAUCGGAAGUAUUACACAGCGAUAUGGCUACCCGCAUCUAAUUGUACCAAAGUGUUUGAAAUGUGUUUAAUAAACUACUUGAGCGUCAAA